AUGGAAUAUACUCCACAACAGUUAAACUAUUUUAGAAUAUGUUAUAUCGCCUUCAACUUGGUCCCCGAAGGACUUCGGAACGUUUUCAAACAAGAGUGGAAUUUCCUUUACGUGACAACCCCAUUGGGGGAAUGGAAAGACAUUCCACAAAAUGGCAGCGAUUUCUACAACAACGAAACGGGGAAAAGUCGCAAAAAGAAUGCUCGAUAUUUUGCGACAAUACAAAAGGGAAACACAGCAGAGUGGGACUGCAGUUGUCUACUUUUUGCGAUAUUGUUCUCGGAUAGUAUUGGCACCACUCUGAGUUCGACGAUCAGAAAAGAGGUGGACGUUCUUCGACAGGUGCGAAACGACAUCGCUCACAUAAACGAGGUUGAACUUACUGAUGCUGAAUUCCAAAAUUAUGUAGCAAGAAUGAUAGCUGCAUUUACAUCUUUGAACCUCUCAACUGAUGAAAUCGAGGAUGUUAAAAACCAGAGCAGCUUUCCCACAGCAGAAGUAAAAAGCUUAAAGUUAAAGGCUGAUGGACUUAAAGCUGAUUUAAAAGCGAAAAAUGAAGAAGUUAAAAAUCUAAACUCCGACUUACAAUUGACCCAAGACACAUUACAGACCAAGCAGGAAGAAGUAGAAACCCUCACUCAGGAAAUCAAUUCCAAAGUCGAGUCUUUCUGUAGUCUUACAUUCAAGCCACCGCACCAAAUCAUCAGACGUUCCAACGAUGUCACAAGAAUCAAGAUCAAGCUGGAGGAACUUUAUAAUGAAAGCAAAGGAGCUAUCAGCACCAUUUAUUUAUCAGGAAUUCCGGGCUGUGGCAAAAGUCAAUUUGCUCGUCAAGUGGGACAGGAAGUGUACGACAAAAGUUUGCGAGAAGACGAAGGUCUAACUUUUGUUUCAACUCUGAAUGCAGAAACCCUUGACUCACUUGCCGACUCCUAUUUCAAUCUAGCUAAACAACUGGGAGUUACGGAAUACGCUCUGACCAACCUGGCAACCUCCACGAAGGUCGACUCAAGUGAAAAAAUUCAACAUUUGAUGCGUUUUAUUUCUCCAAAGGUGAAACAAUUUUCUGCCUGGCUGAUUAUUGUAGAUAAUGUUGUUGACCUAUCCAUGGUUCGUAGUUAUCUGCCUCCAACCGCCAGUGAAGAGUGGGGUCAUGGUCAAAUGAUAGUAACCACUCAAGAUACCCAGUCCAUACCCUUCAAUUCUCCUUAUACUUACCAUGAGUCUCUCAGUAAAGGAAUGCACCCAGAUGAUGCAGUAGACCUUUUAAGGGAAGUGUCCCAAAUUUCGAAUCAACAACAAGCUGAGGAGGUUGCUGAAGUUCUCAGUAUCAGCCACUUGCCUUGGCAGCUGCUGCAGUCUACGUGCAAACAAUUGUCAGCUAUGGUACCCCUAAUUAUGGUUGGACAAAAUACCUGGAAACAUUGA